AUGGCUUCCAUCUCACAAGGUCUCGUCUUCACCACAGCCAUGCUCCUCUCCACCACUCUGCUCUAUCUUGCAUUCUCCAAACACAAAACUUCCCCCCAAUUUCAAAUUCCCUCCAAUACCAACAAACAAAUUCUACGCUCUUGCAUAUACUCCGAGGAGAAGAAAAGGGAAAGGAAGAAGAAGAAGAAGAAAGUGAAGUUUGCUAAAAUUGUGAUGGUGAAGGAAGUGGAAAGAGAUAGUAAGGAAGAAAACAGAGAAGAAGAACAGGGGAAGCAAAACAUUGUGUUGAGAAACGAUUGCAGAAGUGAAAAUCCGGAAAAUGGUGAAAUGCAAGCGAACCGAAUUGCUCUGUAUAAUGGGAUUUUGAGGGAUCGGGUUCAGAGAAUGGCGUGCUGUCACUGA